AUGUCCUCCGACUCAGUGUCUCCUGCUCCUGCUCCAGACUCAAAUUCUGCUGCAGAAAUUGCUCAUGGUGUAGACAGUAAGCAGCGGGAAUCUUCGGAUCCUGCACCCUCACCACCUGCCAAAACUUCACAGCGAGGGAGCGAGGAAGCGGAGCACGACGAGCCAGAGUCCAAGUCCGAGUCUCCCGUUCCGGAGGCUUCCACCUCUGCUGCUACAGCUGUUGACGCCAGCACCAGUGACGGCAGCGCCUCGUCGGCGUCGCAGCCUGCAUCUGCUGCAGCAUCAACACCUGGUGUCGCAUCUGCAGGCGACUGGCAGGCGAUCUGGUCACCUGCACACAGUGCGUACUACUUUUACAACGCCGCCACUCGAGAAACAACAUGGACGAACCCCCUCCAGCCCACUGCCUCCCCAUCCGCAUCUCCCUAUCCGACGUCCGCCCCUGGCGCACCGCCCACGCCUGAAGCAUCUGGAUCGAUUCCUGGAUCUGCUGCAAUGCAGGCCCUCUAUGACAUGCAGGCGGCAGCUGCAGCGCAGGGAAUCGAUCCCUCUCUAGCCUAUCUUGACCCUUCGCUUGCCGCUGGGUCGUCUACGGCUCCUGCAGCGUUCACGUCCACUGCAAAGUUCAACGCGCGCUCUGGCGCAUUCGCCCGCCCGGAUGCACGCGACCCGACACAUCUGUCCGAGUAUGAGCGCGCGAAGCGCAUGAGCGAGUUCUACUUUGAUGUCAAUGCGUGGGAAAAGGACGUAGAAAUGCGCAAGCUUGAGGAGGCUCAGGAGCAGGAGGAGGGUAGGAAGAGGAAGCGGCCCACUAAGAAGGAUCUGGAGAGGUUCAAGGAACAAAAGAGGCUGAAGAAAAUUGCCAAGACGGCAUGGUUGCGUACAUAG